AUGAUAGAUCGUGAAGAUGCAUCAAAUUGUCACUGUGUUAAAUUAGACUUGACAUCUGGAAAACGAUUUUGGCUUGGUUUACGAAAGUCGAAAUCAAAUGGAAAUUGGAGUUGGGACGAUGGCAGUGAAUACAGUUAUAAGAAUUGGGAUAUUGGCGAACCAAAUUCCUGUUGUCCAAUGGAUCCAAUACCAAUCCAUUCGUAUGUUGGCGGAAAUGGUCUGUGGUAUGACACCGGAGAAUUGCAUUAUCCACUGCCAGACGGUUAUGUCUGCAAAUAUAAACAUCAGUGUGCAGAAGAUUGGAAUAUCGUUUGGAAUCGUUGUUAUAAAUAUGUAAAUGCAACUGUUAAUAGCUUUACAGUUCCUGAAACUUAUACCGUGGCAUCAACGAUAUGCCAAGGAUACAAUGCUACUUUGACAUCCAUCGGAAGCACUGUUGAGGAAUUGUAUUUAAAAACAUUAACUGGUGGAGUUCCAUUUUGGGUUGGAUUACAACGAGAUUCUGAUAGAUGGUUUUGGACAGACGGUACUGAUUCAGCAUCUCUACCCUGGAAAAGCAAAGAAUUUAGCAACUGCUGUGAGAACGACGAAGUAACCGUUAUCUACAACCAAGGUUUACAGGUGGUCACAGUUGAAGAUUGGCAAACUGGUUUUGUAUGUAAAAUUGAUGGAGAUGCAGAUUAUUCUCCGCCAGCUGAAAUGCAUAUUGCAAAAACAAUUCUAUUACCGAAAAAACUUGAACAACAGUAUCCCAGCGCUACAAUUACAACUGACAGUAAAAAAAUUUCUGAUAAUUGUUCAUUUGAAAAUUGA